UCCAUUAACAAGAGUGUUAGGUGGACCCUUAUUUUUAUACAUAUCCCAGUCUUCAUUUCUGGCUUCGAACACUCCCCCACUUUAUAAUUUCCACCUUUGCCUGCAUCUCCGAUCACACCCAGCCGUGAUAUCACAGGAAAUUCCAUCCCGGGUAUGCCUCCAAAACUGAAAACAUCAUCUCUUCACUCACAGUUGACAGUGGCUCUCUCACUAAUGCCCUCACACAGAUCUCGUCAUUUUCUCUCUCCGUAUUCUAUUUUAUUCAAGCCAAACGUUACCACCUACCUUCAAACCAUUAUUCACCGUUUCUUUUCUGACCAAUCAUGGCUCUCUGUUCCUGGAAACCCCCUCAUCAAGUGGCCCUCACAGUCCCACCACCCACACUGCCCUCCAUCCUGCCCAAUCCCCAAUCCUAUUUCUAUCCAUAACCCUGACCCCAAAUUUUCACAAAAUGACUUCUCCACCAUUUCUAACCUCUUUACUGACCCCAAUGUCUCUCCUGGUCCAGCCUUUGAGGCUGCCUUGGACCAGACCGAGGUUGAACCAGACCCAAUUCUGUUACAGGCAUUGUUUGACCGUUUUGAUUCGUCUCCCAAGUUACUGUACACACUCUUUUUUUGGGCUGAGAAGCAGCCUGGGUUUCAAUCUUCUGCAACUCUCUUCAACUCAAUGAUCAAUAUGCUUGCAAAAUCCAAGAAGUUUGAUUCCGCAUGGUCACUGGUUCUUGAUCGGGCUGCUUUGGUUUCAGGUGACACAUUUGCUAUCAUCAUCAGACGAUAUGCUCGUGCAGGUAUGACCCAACCUGCAAUACGGACAUUUGAAUUUGCAUGUAAUUUAGAUCCAAUUCGUGAAUCACAUUCAGAGAUGAGCUUGUUUGAGAUUUUGUUGGAUUCCCUUUGUAAGGAAGGACAUGUAAAGGCAGCUUCAGAAUAUUUAGAUCAGAAAAGGAAGUUGGAACCAAGUUGGGUUCCAUCAGUAAGGGUUUAUAAUAUAUUGUUGAACGGAUGGUUUCGAUCGAAGAAGCUUAAACAUGCAGAGAAGCUUUGGGAGGAGAUGAAAAUGGAUGAUGUGAAACCAAGUGUUGUGACAUAUGGUACUCUUGUAGAAGGGUACUGUCGGAUGCGAUAUGCUGAAAGGGCAAUUAAAUUGGUGCAUGAGAUGAGGAAAGAAGGAAUUGAGCCAAAUGCAAUUGUGUAUAAUCCAAUAAUUGAUGCAUUAGGGGAAGCUCAAAGGUUUAAGGAGGCAAUGCGGAUGUUGGAGCGGUUUUUGGUUCUAGAAUCAGGCCCCACUAUCUCGACAUACAAUUCUCUGGUAAAGGGUUUUUGCAAGGCAGGAGAUCUUGCAGGGGCUAGUAAGAUCCUUAAGAUGAUGAUAGGUAGGGGCUUUGUCCCGACUCCUACAACCUAUAACUAUUUCUUUAAGUACUUUUCUAAACAUGCGAAGAUUGAGGAAGGGAUGAACCUUUAUACCAAGAUGAUUGAAGCUGGGUACACACCAGACCGACUUACUUACCAUCUUUUGAUGAAAAUGUUAUGUGAGGAGGAGAGACUGGACUUGGCAGUUCAGGUUAGCAAGGAAAUGAGAGCUAGGGGAUGUGAUAUGGACUUGGCUACAAGUACUAUGUUGGUUCAUUUGCUUUGUAAAAUGCGUAGUUUUGAAGAGGCUUUUACAGAAUUUGAGGACAUGAUUCGGAGAGGCAUAGUUCCUCAGUAUCUUACCUUUCAGAGAAUGAAUGAUGCAUUAAAGAAAGAAGGAAUGAUUGAAAUGGCACAGAAACUACGGGGCAUGAUGUCUUCUGUCCCUCAUUCAAUGAAGUUGCCGAAUACAUAUAGCAGAGAUGGAGAUGCAUCACGUGCAAGGAGAACAUCUAUAAUGCGAAAAGCUGAGGCAAUGUCUGAUUUGUUAAAGACUUGUAAAGAUCCAAGGGAACUUGUCAAUUGUCGUAAUUCAUCUGAAAAUGUUGUAUCAAGUGCAAACCUGUUGAUAGAGGAUAUUAAGAAAAAGGCCGACAAGACAUGAAUCUACUACUACUUAAAAAUAAAAGCUAGCCUGAGUUAACUCGUGAA